AUGUCGCGCCACAAGGAGCGCGUCGAGGCGCGGCUCGCCGAGCGAUUCGGCAUUCGAGAUGCGCUCGAAGCGUCGGACGAGCAGCGCGCCAUCAACGAGAUGAUCCAGCGCGUCGCAAAGAUCGCCAGUGAAGACACGCUGCGUGAAGACGGCUUCUUCUUUCGCGACGGACAGUACAUGGGCGCGCGCCGCUUCAAGGAGACGCCUGGCAUGGUUCUCCGCGUCUUGGAGGGUCACACCGCAGCCGUGCGCGCCAUCGGCAUUGAUGCCGACGUCCUCUUCACCUUUGGCAUGGACGGCGUCUGUGUGUGGGCACCGCAUGCGCCGACACCGAUCGCGCGACUGCCGCGACAUACGCUCACAAGCGGCGCCUACCGCGUAACCGGCGCGGUCUCGGUGCGCAGACCAGCACCGUGGCGCUUGGAGCUCGUCAAGUCAACGCCAAAUUGGGACUUGAUCCCCGUGGCGACCGGCGUCUUUGGCCACGACGGCGCGAUCACAUGCUGCAGCUUUAGCCCCAACGGCAAUGUCUUUGUCACUGGCUCGCUCGACACGACGUGCGUUCUAUGGGAUCCCAGGUCGCUUCAAGUCCUCCAGAUCCUGAAUGCCCACGCCGGCGGCGUCGCAGCGUGUCACUUUGGCGCGCACGACGACGCAUUCCUCUUGACCGCCGGCGCCCUCGACAUGAGCAUCAAGCGCUGGGAUGUCUCCUUCUACACGCUUGGCGCAUCAUCCUCGUCGGCACAGACGCGCGAUGUUCCGAGUGACGCGCCACUGAACGGCGAUGGGCUCGAGACUGACACGGCACUACUAGCGCCACCAAGGACCCGUAGCGAUGCUGCGAAUUCAAAAAGCAACCUGAACGAUACGUGCGUCCACUGGAAGCAAGGUGCUGAGACACAUGCGAGCACCUCCACGGAGCUCCGACCUCCAAUGACGGUCGCUUCAGCACCGUCAACCACGACAGAGAUCGCGGUACCGACACCUGACGACGCAUUCAAGCAGGACGGCAACGGGGUACCGCGCGCCACGCCGUUCGAAGCUGUGAGCUGGAUGCAACUGCAAAGUCGAUCGAGCAUCUUUGCGUUUGCGCGCGUCGUGCACCCGACAGCACUGUGGAGCGACCGGCAAAAGUACAACCGGGCGCUCGACACGCUCUUCUCGCCGAAUGUGACGCUCCAGACGCUAACGCUCGAGAACCACAUUCCAGAAUUUGCAUUCAACGACGACUGGUGCUUCCACCGACCGCCGUCGUCGCUGCGCCUGCCGCCACUCCAUGCCUUUGCGGUGGACGCGCAUACGAUGGACGUUCGCGAAGACGACGACGACCCGGCGACGCUCUCGGCACUCGAGCACAUUGACAUCUUGUCUCUUUUGAACCCGACGACAUCGGCGCGGCACCCGCACUGCGACGUCGUGGCCAACACGAUGACGAGCCGCGUCACCUCCUUCUGCUUUGCGCAUCACCGGUUAACCGCAGUCGAUAGCGAGUACGUGCAACACUCGCACACGAUCAACGGCCUCGCGCUAUCGCCGGCUGGCGACUUUGUCAUUUCCGUCGCGUCCGACCGCGCGAUCAAACGCUGGCACGCCCAGACAGGAGCCCAUGAGGUGACGACGCGCGAUGCGCAUGCGCACCCGAUCUUGUGCUGUGCGCUGGCAGCACAUCCGAGUGACGUCAAGAUCCAGUUUCUCGCAACUGGCAGCGCCGACGCCAGUGUCAAGAUCUGGAACGUCAGCGACAUGACAACUCUGUUUACGCUUUUGGGACACUACGACUCGGUGACGUCGCUGUCCUUUUCGCCGUCGCGUCACGCUUUGUAUUCGACGUCGCUCGAUAUGCGCGUCAUCCUGUGGCAAAUUGUCCCUACUGUACCGGACGCACCGCGGCCACCGACGAUCGUUGCCGUGCACUGCCACGCGAUCGAGAUUGCAUGGAGCGAGCCCCUCGGCAACGGAGCACCGAUAUUACUGUACGAGAUACGCACGUCGCGUGACCAUGGGCCGUUCGAGGCGCCGAUGCAAGUGCGUCCGGACGAGACUGUUUGCUGCAUGGACGCCUUGGACCCGGGCAUCGUCUAUGCGUUUAGAGUCGCGGCGCGCAAUCAUGUCGGACUCGGCGACUUUAGCGAGAGCUCGCCGCCGGUCGAGACUCACGCGUACCGGCCGUCCAAGGUGCAGAAACCGUGCGCGGUCGGGAGCGUCACAACGCACAGCGUCGUGCUCGAGUGGCUGCCCCCGCUCGCUAACGGGUCGCCCAUUUCGCACUACCACUUUUGCUGCGUACCCGAGGACACGCUUGGCACCGAGGACGUCAUCCACGAGGUCAUUCCCAUGGACGCAAUCGCGGGUCAGAGCCGUGCCGCGCGGGAAGCCGCCGAAGCUGCGUUUGUGCGCAAGCUCGAGGAGCGGGCCGAGCGCGACGCCGAGCGCGCCACGCGCUUGAAAUCCAAAAAAGCGCUGGAAAAGAGUAUGAAGUUGCAGCUCCAAGCCCGGGCGCGGCUCGAGAAGCAGCGUCGGCAGGAAGAGAAAGCGGUGCCGACAGCGCUGCUCAAGUACACGCUCACGUGCGUCUUGCCCGGCACGAUUUACCAGUUCCAGCUCGCUGCCGAGAACCGAUGUGGUGUCGCCGACUUUUCGAUUCCAUCCAUGUAUAUCAAAACCGAGUCGUGCGAGCCCAACGCGCCAGACCAGCCGACGCUCUCGCACAUCACACCGACGACGGUCCAGCUGCAUUGGCAACCGCCGCGCGCCAACGGCAGCGACGUCGUUCAGUACACACUGGAAUGGCUCCACGAUGGCGACACGACGAGCCUCGACGUGCUGGCACGAACACUGGCGACGCCCCACUAUACGCUGAGUCCGCUCCGUCCCGGCAAGGACGUCUGUGCUCGAUUGCGGGCGUCCAACGUCAUUGACAAGAAAGUGCGCACGUCCGAGUGGUCGCCGUGGUCGCCGACCGUCACGACGCUGCCGACAACGCCCAGCGCCGUCGCGCAGCCUCUUUUGCACCACCCGACAUCGCACUCGAUGCACGUAGCGUUCUCGGCGCCGUGCGACAACGGGCGACCGAUAGAAGCAUACCACGCGACACUGUGCGCGCAAGAGACGGCUUUCGGCGUCGUCUCGCACCGCUUGGUGCGGUCGUACGUCUGGCGCGAUACAGCGACCUUUGCCAUCGAGUUGGUCAAGCUCGACGCAGCGACGACGCAUGUUGUCCGCAUCGCCGCGGAGAACGUCCUCGGUGUCGGCGACUACAGCGCCUGGAGCUUGCCGUUGCGGACCAAGACGGCGGUCGUUCCUGCGCCUGUGCCCGAGGCCCCGACGCUCGACGAGGUGCAGCCCACGUGCGCGCGCCUCAAUUGGCAAGUGCCGGUGCACAAUGGUGGCUCUCCGCUUGUCGGCUACGUUGUCGAGUAUACCAUCGAUGGCGGCGAGCGCAUCUCGCUGCGCGUGCCCCGCGUGAGUCUCGACUUGCGCCUCGACUUUCUCAAGCCCAAGACAAAUUAUGUGCUUCGCGUCGCCGCCAUCAAUGCGGUCGGGACCAGUCCGUUCUCAAUCGACUCGACACCGCUCUUGACGCCGAGUCUCGUCGAGUACACGCUGCGCACCUACUUUGCCAACCGGCCCGACGAGGAGCACGUGGCGGCUCGGUGUCUCCAGCGUUGUUAUCGGGCUUCGGCGGCGCGCCAGGCGGCCAAGCAAGCGCAUGCUGCGUACCUCUCGGCGUGGCUACGGUCCUGGAACCUCCUGUAGCCGCCGCUGUUCAACUAAAGAAACACUAUACGGACUCUCUCAGGCGCACAUGUUCAAGCUAGGUGUGCAAACAUGGAGGAGCAAAGGGUCGAAAUUAAUGGAGGGUGGGGU